CAGAGCAAGAAGAAGAUGUCAAAAAUGGAUGUAUCUGGUAUCAUUGGAAGAGCAAUAGCUUAUAAAUGUCUAUUAAAAGAUACUAAUAAUCCCCAAUCCUCAUUUGUUGUGCUUCGUUCACUCUCUACAAGCGCUAGAUCUUCUUCUGUAAUAAGAAAUGAGCGAGCCAAUUCAAAUCUCCACGAUGCUGUUCAUUUAUUCAAUAACAUGCUCGAAAUGCGACCAUUGCCCCCAAUUACUCACUUCAACAAAGCUUUAGGGACUAUUACGAAAACGGGUCAUUGCGCCACUACUCUUUCUCUUAUUCAUAAUAAGUUAUAGGGCAUUCGGGUUGAUAUCUACACCUUCAGCAUUGCUAUUAACUGUUACUACCGCCUUAAUCGAGUGGAUUUUGGGUUCUCUCUUUUGGGUACCCUCUUCAAAAGCGGUUUUACACCUAAUGUAAUUACCUUCACAACUCUUAUUAAUGGACUUAUUUUGCAAGAUCAAACUCCUGAAGCUGUGGAGCUUUUUAAGAAAUUAAUGAUAAGUAGAGAAAUUGAACCCAAUGUGGUUAUGUAUGGAACCAUUGUCAAUGGGCUGUGCACAGGGAACACUAUCAGGGCUGUUAGUUUGCUUAGGAUAAUGGAAAAGGGAAGUUGUAAACCUGACACAAUAGUGUAUAACAUUAUUAUUGAUAGUCUUUGCAAGGAUAGAAUGGUGGAUGAUGCUCUCAAACUCUUUUCUAAAAUGAAAGAAGGCAGCAUUCAUCUAAGUGUUGUCACUUAUACUUCUUUGAUUCAUGGCCUAUGUAAUUUCGGUCGGUGGAAGGAGGCUAAUGAAAUUUUAAGAGAAAUGUUGGGUAGUGGUAUUGCUCCGAAUGUUUGUACCUAUAAUGUGUUGAUGGAUGCAUAUACCAAGGAAGGGAUGAUGAAAGAGGCAAAAUGGGUAUUUGAAGUCAUGACGGAAAGAGGUGUGGAUCCUAGUGUAGUCACAUACAAUACUCUAAUGGAUGGAUAUUGUUUGCAACGCCAAAUGGAUGAAGCAAUCAGAGUGUGCAAUACCAUGGAGGAUAGAGGCCUUGAACCAAAUGUUUUUAGCUAUUGCAUUUUAAUCAAUGCCUAUUGCAGGGAGAUGCAAAUAGACAAGGCCAUUCAUAUCUUUCGAGAAAUGCCUCGAAGGGGGUUGAAACCUAACACUGAAACGUUCAAUGCUAUGUUGCAGGGUUUGUUUCGUUCAAGUAGAUGUUCGACUGCUCAAGAACUUCUUAAUGAGAUGCAAGUUGUAGGCAUAAUUCCAAGUACUCAAACAUAUGCUAUCUUGUUGGAUGGCUUGUGCAAAAAUGGGCAUAUUGUAGAAGCAUCCUCCUUAUUCCACAUGAUGGAAAGCAACGAUUUACAUCUUAAUAUUGUUAUAUAUAAUAUCCUCAUUGAUGCAUUUUGCAAGGAUAAAAAGCUUGAUACUGUAAGGGCCCUUUUCAAUAACCUUUCUUUCAAGGGAUUACAUCCUGAUGUUAAAACAUACACUAUGAUACAAGGCCUUUGUGAAGAAGGCCUACUUGACGAAGCCAAAGAGUUGUUUGUGAAAAUUGAACUGAAUGGUUGUUUGCCAAAUGAUGUCACUUACAACAUUGUCAUCCAAGGAUUUCUUGGGCAACAAAAGUACCAUGAGGCGUCUAUACUCCUUGACGAAAUGUUUGGAAGGGGGUUUUCAGCAGAUGCAUCUACUUCUUCCUUGAUUGUAGAUAUACUCUCAACUAAAGGACAAGAUCCUGCUCUCCAAGAAGUGAUAAAGAAGCUCAUGCCCAAACAUAGUUAGGGAAUGCAAGAGAUUGAGUAAAUUUUUUAAGCUAUGAAGGUAAAGUCUAUUAUGGAUAUACAUGCCAUGGCUAGUGUGACAGUGAAGUAUCAAGACUCAAGUGUUAUUGAAGUGGCUAUGCAAUUGCAGGAGCCCAACCUGUAGACAAUUUGUUGAAUUGUGGGUUGUAAUAGCAAAACAAAAGGCUGCAGAGGCUAUGCGUCGCAAAGUGCAGGGCCGACAAUCUUUCUGAAUAGAUUCGUCAACUGACUGAUGCCCUGGGGAUGGAAUGCCUGGUUAACUUGAUGACCAACCACUGCCCCAGUUAAGUCCAUCCUAUGAGGCUGACGGUGGGGGGCAUUGAGGUCUAUUACUUGGUAGCUGGCGCAUGAAUUUUCACUUUUGCUAUCUGCAGUGGGUACAUGUUUAGCAGCCUUUUUCCAGCACUGUAAGCAUCAAAUAAUUUUUAUGCUUAUUUCUA